UUUGCCACCAUGGGGAACUGGUUUGUGAAUGAGGGACUGUCCAUCUUUGUUGUCCUGGGAUGGCUGGGGCUGAACGUGUUCCUCUUUGUCUGGUUCUAUCGAGUUUAUGCUAUUCCAGAUAACUUCUACUACACUCGAAAACUUCUUGGGCCAGCCCUGGCCUGGGCCAGGGCCCCUGCAGCCUGCCUGAAUUUGAAUUGCACGCUGAUCCUGCUGCCAGUCUGUCGCAAUCUGCUCUCCUUCCUCAGGGGUUCCAGUGUGUGCUGUUCAACAAGAAUGCGAAGACAAUUGGACAGGAACCUCACCUUUCAUAAAAUGGUGGCAUGGAUGAUUGCACUUCACACUGCGAUUCACACCGUUGCGCAUCUAUUUAAUGUGGAAUGGUGUGUGAAUGCCCGGGUCAACAAUUCAGAUCCUUUUUUAAUAGCACUCUCUAACAUUGGAGAUAAACCAGGUGAAUCUUACCUCAAUUUUGUUCGAAGCAGAAUCAAGAAUCCUGAAGGAGGACUGUAUGUGGCUGUGACUAAGGUAGCAGGCAUCACUGGAAUUGUCAUCACACUGUGCCUCAUAUUAAUUAUCACCUCCUCCACCAAAACUAUCCGGAGGUCUUACUUUGAAGUGUUUUGGUACACACACCACCUCUUCGUGAUCUUUUUCAUCGGUCUUGCCAUCCAUGGAGUCGAGCAAAUUGUACGUGGACAAACCAAGGCCAGCUUGGAGGUACAUAAACCAAGAGUCUGUGAAAGUAGUAUCUCGACAUGGGGACAAAGUGGUAGCUGCCCAGUUCCGCAGUUCUCUGGGAACCCUCCUAUGACUUGGAAAUGGAUAAUAGGUCCUAUGUUCCUGUAUGUGUGUGAGAGGCUGGUCCGGUUUUGGCGAUCUCAACAGAAGGUGGUCAUCACCAAGGUGGUCACUCACCCUUUCAAAACUAUCGAGCUACAGAUGAAGAAGAAGGGUUUCAAGAUGGAGGUGGGACAGUACAUUUUUGUCAAGUGCCCCGUGGUAUCCAAGCUGGAGUGGCACCCUUUCACGCUGACUUCCGCCCCUGAGGAAGACUUUUUUAGCAUCCAUAUCCGUAUUGUCGGGGACUGGACGGAAGGACUGUUCAAUGCAUGCGGCUGUGACAAGCAGGAGUUCCAAGAUGCCUGGAAACUCCCCAAGAUAGCUGUUGAUGGACCCUUUGGCACAGCCAGUGAAGAUGUGUUCAGCUACGAGGUGGUGAUGUUAGUAGGAGCAGGGAUUGGGGUCACACCAUUUGCAUCCAUCCUCAAGUCAGUCUGGUACAAAUAUUGCAACAACGCCACCAAUCUGAAGCUCACAAAGAUCUACUUUUAUUGGCUCUGUCGGGACACACAUGCCUUUGAGUGGUUUGCGGACUUGCUGCAGCUGCUGGAGACCCAGAUGCAGGAGAGAGACAAUGCUGGCUUCCUCAGCUACAAUAUCUACCUCACUGGUUGGGACGAGUCUCAGGCAAAUCACUUUGCUGUGCACCAUGAUGAGGAGAAAGACGUGAUCACUGGUCUGAAACAGAAGACCUUGUAUGGGCGACCCAAUUGGGAUAAUGAGUUCAAGACCAUCGCGAGUCAACACCCAAAUACCAGAAUAGGCGUUUUCCUCUGCGGCCCCGAAGCCUUGGCUGAAACCCUCAGUAAACAGAGCAUCUCCAACUCGGAGUCUGGCCCUCGGGGAGUGCACUUCAUUUUCAAUAAGGAAAACUUCUAACUGGUCUCUUCCACAAGGAAAUCAAUGUGGGUGAUACUGCCAAACUCCCGAGUGAUGCAAGUUGAAAACAGAAAUCCCCCCCACCUCCGCUUUAAUGAAAACCCCCCUAGAAUGCAUUGGUUUUCGCUAAUGGUUGAUGCUUUCAAAGAUUGUUUGAUAGUUGGCGCUUCAUAGUUUCCAGAGCACUCUUACUUCUGUUUUUCCUCAGUAAUGCAAGGGAAAGGUAGGCAAGGAUUACUGGGCUCAGUUUUUUUGAUAAGCAGAGGCUCCAAAUGGUGAAGUAACUUCCCUAAGAUUAGGAAGCUGAGACCUGACCAAGGCCUCUAAGUCCAGAUUUGGAUGGUCUUUCCUCAAUAGCAGUCUGCUUGCAAAUAGGUUUGUAUAUUUCCAGAAAGAAGAAGCCAACUGGGAGUGGGUAUUCAUUUUCCUCUUCAUGUCAUCGUUGUUAUUAUUGUUGUACAGGUGAUAUAUGCUGAGAGGGAUAUAGAACUUACUAGUAACAGGACCAAAAUGUGUGUAGUUCAGCAGCAGCCUAAGAGGUUCAGAGAGUCUAUCUACAAAAGAAUAUUAGACUGGGAUUAAUGUCCUACCCUGUAUUCAAAAUGGCACCCAACAGAGAGUGGCCACUUAGUGAAAGUUUAUUGAAUGGGUGGAUUGAAGGCACUGGAACCAAAUAAUGCCACGAUAGAAUUUAUUGAAAGCCUUCCAUAAAAUUCUCUAAGAAAACCACUUCUACUAUUCUUGUAGAUCAAAGAAAUCUGUUUCUCCUGAGGGUUUUGAAUAGGCUAUGGAAAAAGCAAUAGAAUGUCCUAGAGGUUUCCUCAUAUUCUUGCUGGAAGCAGGGAGGAGAGGCAAAUGCAAGCAGAGACAGCCUCCUGACAUCUAACUCUGGCCAGCUCCUCUAGUCCUGCUCCUGGAGCAGGAAUACAAAUGAUUCUGUCUAAAAGGGCCUCCUCCAACUUGCACUUGUGAAUUAGAAAUUGAGUGGUGAUAAAUAUAUCUGAUAUACCCGUCUGGUUUAAAUAGCACCCCCCCACUGAUGUACUUAAAUACACACAAAAUGGAUUUCAUUUGUGUGACUAACAGUCUAUUGUUGUAUCAGCAUCACUGUAGUAAAAUUUGCAUCCUAAAAACUAAAGUUCCCAACUUACUGUAUUGGUAUUAAAAUCACACCCAGUGGAAUGCUCUGGAUAUCUAUGAAUUCAGGAGAGAGUCUCUAAAUCACUGUUAAUAUGGCCAGAAACAGUUUCACUUUUCUCAGAACUGUUCCUAUGUGUGGGAACAAAACCCAGUUUUCUUUGCUCUACCCUCUGGAUCCACAGAUAUUUAGAACUAUUCAACGUUGUCCAUGAGGAAGAGAUGGAGGAGAGCUGGGAGGGAGGCAGAAGACUGAGACAGGAAGGAGAAAAGGAGAAUGAGAGCAACAAAGGCAAAAGGGAAAGCUAGAGUCACUUUCUAGGUCACUUUCUAGAUUCACUUUCUAGGUCAGAUUUCUAAGCAUUUUGAAUGUAUUGAUGUCAUCGAAGGAGGCAUACACAUACUCACUUUAUUUUGAUGACAUACAGGCUUGAAUCUGAAAUUGUAAUCACAAGUUUUGAUGGUGGUUGGCUUUAUUCAGGGGAGUAGUAUGCACUAGGGAAAAGCUAGUUGUUCCUUGGGCUACCAAGGCACCCCAAGACGCCCAGGAAGCUUUCUGCUUAGAGAAACUCAGGUCUAGCCUAUUCGUGUGCACCCCAGACUUCUGUUCAUCCAUCCAACAGAUUUUAUUGUGUUCUUACUGUGCCCCACGGUCUAUGUCCAUAGUUUCAGUUCUUUAUACCAGAAUAUGUACAGGAGGGAACCUCACUUAUGAGUCUGAGAAUCUUGGACCUGACCUAUUUGGCAUAGGUAAAAACAAUUCCAUUCUUUCUUUGAAAAGGCUUUUCCAGGGUUUUCUGCUUUUGACACAAGCAUCGUUACUGAAACAAAGGUAUCUGCCCUGUGUUAUCCUGGUUAUGAGAUGAAAAAUGAGUGUCCAAGUGCUUGCCAUUAUGAAAGCCUCCUUUAUCCUUCUCCCAAGCUUUCAGCAUUUAGCAUUCAGCAUUUAGUAAUAGGUGUUGAGCAAAUGAUUAAGCAUUGCUUGUAAUCUCAAGGCUAUGAAGAUUUUUGUUAGUUCUCCUGCUUUUGCAAUAUUAUCUUUAUGAAUUUUGAAUACUCGUAGGUGUUUGAUAUGAAUAGUUGGGGGGCGGGCUAGGAGAUAAUUCCUAGGAACCAUUAUUGAAAUUGCUGAUCUAUUAAAAUGAAUGAGCUCUCUUGAUGUCUGU